AUGUUCAACGAUCGUGUAUGCAUCAAGUCCGGCGGUAAAACCACGGAUAUUCUAUCUCUCGGUUACCUGACUUCAUGCUGCAAUCGUGCUAACGGAUGUCCGAAAUCGAAUGGGUGUAUGUUUGGCUCCGUGCCUGAAGGCCUGAACUUCAUGAAAAAUCACGGCCUUGUUACUGGUGGUGAAUACAAACCGCCCGAGAAACUGGGCAACGAUGAUGGCUGCUGGCCUUAUCCAUUCCCGAAGUGCAAUCAUGUGCCCGGGCUGGAAAGCAAAUAUCCCCGAUGCGCGCAGGUCCGGGACCUUCCUGCAUGUGCAACUACUUGCCCCAAUAAAGCCUACGGGACCAGCAUGCAGAAAGAUACUCACCGUGCUAAAAGCUGGGGACGUCUACCGAUAGGCCCUGAGAAGAUCAAGCAAGAAAUAUUCGAUAAUGGACCCGUUGCUGCGAUGAUGACGCUCUACGAAGAUUUUCGAUAUUACAAGUCUGGUGUCUACGUGCACAAAACGGGUCAACUGUUGGCGGCUCAUACUCUUAAACUCAUAGGUUGGGGAGUCGAGUCUGGCCAAGAGUAUUGGUUAGCAAUGAAUGCUUGGAAUGAGGAAUGGGGUGACCACGGGAUGAUCAAACUCGCAGUAGGGAAAACUGGUUUGGAGCACCAAGUUUAUCACAUUGAGGCAGAUGUGUAG